AUGUCUAAAUUACGACACUUUAACAGCAGGUCUAUCGAUGAUUUCGCGAUAGAUUUUGAUUUAAAAAGCAAAAUUGGGGAAGGAGCGUUUUCUGAAGUAUGGCUGUGCAUCCAACGAGACAACGAAAAGGAAUAUGCGGCGAAAAUAUUGAAAAAGAAUUACGGGAAAACCAUGGAUGAGGACGCGUGGAAUGAUAUAUCCGAAGUGAACAUAUUGAAGUCAAUUUUACCUCAUCCGUUCCUGUUAAUGAUGGAUAUGUGUUACCACGAAACGGGACUAGGAAGAGUCAUUUUGAUUUCGGAGCUAAUGAAAAAAUCGUUGUACGACGUAAUCGAAGCAGGCGAAUGUCCUCUAUCGGAUUUUCGCAUAAAAACUUACAUAUAUCAAAUGUUAGAAGGUAUGUAAGUACAUAAGUACUUCGUAAAUAUUACCUUUAUAUCUGUAUGUACAUACGUAUUACAGAGAAAAUCCGAAAUCUGUUCAGUGGCCGCCACACACCCAUCUAUAACUGCACUGUCUUAUUGUCUUAUACACGCACGACAUGGUAAAUUUGCGUUUAGUAAAACAAAUUUAAUGUUGUUAGUUUUAAUAUUAGAGUGAAUUAUACUUAUUGAACUAUUACUAAUUUGAAUGGUAAGAACAUAAACUGUGUUCCUAUAUCAGUGUUUUUGCGACACCUAAUUGCAUUUCCACGCGAAAUACUAAUAUGUUAAAUACUAAAAUAUUAUAAAUUAAAAACGCUAAUAUCUUAUUUAAAAAAUAAAACCCAAAAUGUUCUUAACUUUAAAUUCAGUGUAAGAUUAAUUCAGUCUAAAAUUAAAACUAAAUUUGCCUUACUGAACGAACAUUUACUAUAUCGUGCGUUUGUUGGACGCUCGGAAACAAUUGGUGCGAGUGUAGCGUUCUCUUAAAACUAGGAUUUAGUAGAAAAAAUUGAAGUAGGUAAUAUAAACCGCAGUAUUGGAUUUAAUGGUAGAAUCGAGAGGGUCCAGUCUCCCCUCCCAUUAACUUAACGUCUAGGUAAACAUUUUUUUAAAAAACCUGUACGUCUAUGGAAGCAUUCAUAUUUUCUUAACAUACGUCAACUUUUACUAAUUAUUUCAGUAUUACUUGUAACAACGUCUACAAGUGACAGGAGAGGUCUUUUUCAACUUUGAAAAGGAUUACAUUUUUAAAAUGACGGUGAGAGAAAAUCAUACAAAUGAGCUGGCAUUAUGAAAUACCCAUAAGAAAAUUAUUGUAAAACUGGAAAAUGGUAUAGAUUUAUUCGCUAAACACUCCUAGUCGUUUAUUAUAAUAUAUUAGAUAUAUUAUUAUUAUUAUUUAUUUUAUUAUACAAAUAUUUUUAAUUUCCAUUUUUACUACUAAUACUAAAUUAAACCAAAUUAUACUCAAAUUUUUAAAUGCUAAAUUUAGGUACUAUAAUAACGUUUUUUUUUUUUUAUUUAUUAAUUUCAUAUAUGUUAUACUUAAUACUUUUAUGUAAAACUUUAGGUUCCACCCCCUAAAAAAGUUGAUUUAAACUAAUACUCCAGCGAUUCCCUACCCAUAGGCCCAGAGGUGUAGCUAGAAAUAUUUUUCUGGGUAGGCCAGAUAAAAUAAGAUAAAUUUUUGAAUAGGAAGACUACUAAAACAAAUUUUUGAUUUUAAAAUUGUGUUAAUUUUCGGAGAAAAAUGGGUAGGCCCGGGCCUACCAGGCUUACCCACUGGCUACGCUACUGCAUGGGCUGUGGUCAAUGUGAUACUGGUCCACAGACGCUGGUCGAGGACAUAAGCCAAUGGUUGGAAAAUUUAAAAAAAUGUAUAUUAUUUUAAUCUAAACGUCUAUGUUAAAUAUUUUGAUCGAGAUUUAAUAAUAAUCCCACAAUUAUCGCCAUCGUACAAUUGUAUUGAUUAUCGUUUUCUCAUACAGUUGUCUAGAAUAUUUUUGUCAUUUUUAUCGUAUUUUAUCAUGCUUAGCCUAGAAUGUGGACAAGUUGAUAUAGUUGAUCCCGAUAUUGAUUAUCCUGUAAGAGAAAAACAAUAUAAAAUAUCGCAUUGAUUUUAUUUUAACUUUAACCACUUAUUUGUAAGUCGAAAACAAUAAUUAAUUAAUUUUUGUAUACAAAUUAUUUUUUUUUAUUUUUUUGUUUCCUAAUUAAUGACGUAUGUGCAAUAUGUACAUUAUAGUAUAUAGAUAUAUAUUGGUCAUGCGUAUAUAAUAGGUGUUUAUUUGUUUUUAUUUUUACUUGUAUAUUAGAUUAGUGGGCUUCAAAGUUUCGAUGGUCCGCACAACUAAAAAGGUUGGGAACCGUAGUAAUACUCCAUUCUAUUUACAAAAUAUUUAAUAUAGGGUUCCACUUGAAAAUCAAAAAUAUAUCUAAUAGUCGUGAUUUCAACCCCCAAAAAUUACGGUGAAAAACAAAAUGGUAAUUUAACAUUUUAGAGCGACGUGUAUUUUUUACAUUUUCUAAAAAACUAAUUCUGAAAAAAUUAGUAUUGCACGAUAAAUGAAUCACUUUCUAUACCCAUCUAAUGACAAAAAUAAUCGGGUUAGCAGCAAAACUCAUUUUUACCAUUUGAUACCUUUGGACCACUAUUUAAUAAAGUAAAACUAUAGUUUUUACUUACAACACCUACUUGUAUAGUUCCAACUUAUUUAGAGUCUACAUAAAUUAAUUAUGUUUAUAAAUGUACCUGAUUAUACUACUAUUUCGAAUUUCGAAAAGGUUUGAAAUACAUGCACGAGAAUGGCUUCAUUCACAGAGACAUUAAACCGGAGAACAUUCUGCUCAAAUCGCGGGACAAGUUAUUGAAAAUCGGCGAUUUCGGGACAGCGUGCCAUGUGACGGCGGGCUAUCCUUUUACGGAAUACGUGGCGACACGGUGGUACCGGUCGCCGGAAUGCUUGCUGACACGCGGCUGGUACAGUACGAAAUUGGACAUCUGGGCAGCUGGGUGCGUGCUCUUCGAAAUGGCUACCGGCCGGCCGCUUUUUGACGGCCAAGACGAAAACGAUCAGAUGGAAAAAAUCGAUCGGGUAUUAGGGCGCCCGGACGCCCGGUUGUUGGGCAAGUUCAAAAAACAUAGCUCGGACGUAUUCGAUAAACGGUACAAUAAGUGUUCCGCUGUCGCUGUCCCCGGGGUCGGGUUUCAAACCGUCUAUCCGCCGUUCCGGUCCGCGUUCGAACUAAUGAAAGCCAUGAUCGUCUACGAUCCGGUCAAGCGGUACUCGGCUGACCGGCUUUUGCGUAUGCCGUACUUUUGGGAGAUGAAAAAUACAGUUUACGACUACAAAAUGAGAAAGUUCCAAGAGACAGUAAUAAGGAACAGGCAGACGGACAACAAUAAUUAUAUCCCGGAACAAGAAAAAGUAAGUUUACAUUUUUAUUUACGUAUCUAUAGUUUUCGCACUUUUUUGAAAAGCCGGCAUCAUUUUAUUCAACUGAUUAAGAAUUAUAUUUAAUGAGAAAUUUGUAUUUUUGUUGUGGGAUUACCUCAUGGUGAUUUUUUUUUAUUAAAACUAGACGUAAAUACUCACAACCUACUAGAUAUAUUAAAACAAACUAAAAAUACUAAAACCAAAAUCACUAAAACCGACUGGAUACUUGCAGAAUAUAUAAACAGGAAGUACCUAUACUUCGAGGAUAUUAUAUAUACCUAGUAACUUUUAAUUUAUUGCCCGGAACACAUAGUUUGUUAUUAUUAUCAUUUGAAUAAUUUUGUGAAUCUUAAAUUUUCCAAAAAAAAAAUCAAUACUUUUUAAAAUACAAUUUUUUAAAUAAAAGGAGUUUUUCAGUUGAUUUUAUACAAUUAUUAAAAUUAUUAUUUUAUAUUAUUAUUGAUGUUUCCAUAACCCUUUCUCUGUGUCAAAUUGUUCCACAAACUACGAUCACAAUAAUCUACCUUUUUACCAUAACCACUUUGUUAUUGUUUUAUCGUUAUCUUUAUGUUAAAUAAAUAAUAUUUAUAAAAUAAAUGACAAAAAUUAGUUUCGCGAAAGUACACUACUUACCUACUUACAUUAAAAUACUAUUUUUUUACUCGUAUCUUAUUUAGUCGAAUCCAGCGAAACAAAUACAUACGCCGAUGAAUAAUAAACAAGAAGCCGGAGGAGAUCGUGCACAACAAAUUCAUCCACAGACUAAGGUUAAGGGUUAUUGCGAAAAGAUUGAACAGGAUCUAUUCGUACAACAAUACAACAAUAAUCAAUAUCAAGAAGUCAAAAUGCCCUCCUCGGACAGAAAUCGAAAGCAAAUACCGAAUACUAAUAAGUCGUAUUCAAAGGCUAAUACGAAAAAUAGUUUCCUGUCGAAAAAACAGUCUACGGUUUCGGUACCGACGCCAAACACAGUAGUAGUAAUAAAAAUGAAUCUUAAAAGUAACCAGAUAAACAGGCCACCGUUCAAAUGA